AUGACAGUGGAACAGUCUUCUCUGCAGCAGCAGCAACAACAACUCAGUCAGAGGAGCAAAGAGGAUGCUGCAUUAUCUCAAAUCAAGGAAGUAACAGGAAUUGAAGAUGUGAAGGUGAUCACAGAGGCCAUAAGUGCAUGUUGCAAUCAGGAUGGCAAAUACAAUAUUGAAGAUGUUGUUACAAUGCUUGUUCAGGAUACCUCGGAAUAUAAUGUUCCUGCAAAUCCUACCCAUAAUGUAUCCAAAGAUUCCUGUGAUCCUGUACCUCCAUUAAAUAAAGAUAAACAAAAAGUAAUAGACCUAACAAAUGAGAAACAACACCAACAGCAAGCAGCAGCUGAUAGUUACGAGAGUGAAGAUAUUCGGAAAGCUAUUGCUGCCAGUUUACAAGACUCUACUGGGAUGUUAGGAGGACAGGUAACUCGAGAAGAACAAGAUAUCAGCCGAGUUCUUGAAGCCAGCUUGGCUGAAACCAAACCUGGAACCAAACGGAAGCGAAAUGAUUUGUGGUUUGUGGAUCCCUUGAAUCCAUAUUUGCGUAAACGAGAGGAUUGGUGUCCUGUAGGAUUGAAAAAUGUUGGCAACACUUGUUGGUUCAGUGCAUUAAUACAAUCUUUAUUCCACGUGAACCGUUUUAGACACUUGUUGCUCAACUUUCAACCUCGUCCAGGGUAUGAUUUAGGUGCUUCCAAUGCAACAGAGACACGUAGCUUGCGUUUCACUGAGGAACUAAGGAACCUGUUUGCUUUAAUGAUUGGUUCUUAUCGAAAAUAUGUGGAUCCUUCAAAAGCGGUUGAGAUUUUGAAAGAAGGUUUUCGAUCUCAUACAGGUGUAUCAGAUAGCCAACAGGAUAUCAGUGAGUUUCAAGGUAAACUCCUUGAAUGGCUUGAAGAUGCUUUUAAACAUUCACCGUCCACUGUGCCAGAGUCUUCUGGAGCUGCUUGCAGCAAAGAAUCUAAAGAACCAAAAAAUCCAAUGAUAGAAUUGUUUUAUGGAGACUAUUCUGAAAUUGGAAAUAAUAAGGAAGAUGAAAAUGUAUUUUUGCAAUUCAAUUUAAAUGUAAAUGGUGUGCGUGAUGUCCAUGAAAGCCUGGAACAGGAGACUACUGGAGGGAGCCAAGCAUCUCCAGAUGAAUCAACCCCGGCAAAAGAGAUUUGGUUCAACAAACUUCCCCCUAUAAUGACUUUUAUGUUAACACGUUAUGACUACAAUAAACAGUUACAACGCUCAGAAAAACUUCACAACAAGCUAGAAUUUCCUCAAGUUCUUUUUAUGGAUAGGUAUAUGCACAUUAAUAAAACUGAAACAAAAAAGAGACGUGAAGAUUCCAAAAAACUACGUGAACAAUUGCAGACUUUACAAGCAAAAUUAGAUACAUUUAUUAACUAUGGAUCUGGAAGGAAACGUGUUCCACUUCAGGAUGUUUUGCAAUAUGCAUUGGAGUUUGCUGAAAGCAAAAGAGACUGUGAUGAUAUUAUGGAUAAUAGCAGCUCUAAUGAUGUAGAAAUGGAAUCUCCGAAACCUUCCACCAGUACUCCUGAAUCUAUGGCUCCUGUAUCAAUUAAUUCUACCAUUGCAAAAUGUUCCCCUGUCAGCCCUAUGUCGUCCAUCAAAGUACCAAACCCUUCUCCUAGAAAUGUCUCAGAGAGUGAGCUCCAAGUUCUACAAGAUUGCUUGUGUCGAUGGCGGACAGAAGUUGAAAAUGAAGUUAGAGAUUUACAAGAAAAUAUUGGUAUCCUUGAGACUAGAAUCAACAGAAUGUAUAGCGAUGCUGGAAUGCAGAAGUAUCCUUAUCAUUUACAUGCUGUCCUUGUCCAUGAAGGCCAAACAGCCUCUGGUCAUUACUGGGCAUACAUUUUUGACUUAAAAAAACAACGUUGGCUUAAGUUUAAUGAUAUUACAGUUACUGAGUCAACUUGGGAAGAAUUAGAGAAGGAGAGUGUUGGUGGCUACCACAAUUCCACUGCUUAUUGCCUCAUCUACAUCGAUAAGGAACGAGCAGUAAUGAAUGAGGUGGAAGGGGAUGACUUAUCUCCUAUUUCUCAGCUACCACUUCAUCUCCGUCAACUGGUAAAUGAAGACAAUACAAAAUUUACAAAAGAACUUGAGGAUUGGGAUAGAGAACAAGCUAAGAAAAAUGCAGCCUCUGCUGCGGCUGCUGCCUCUGCUGCAAGUGAUACGGAAGUUACAGUAAUUUCCAAACACAAAAACAGUCAAAGUGUGAGUACUCAAACCCAACAACAGCAAUCUCCUCUUCAGCAUUUGCAGCCUUUGCUUCCAAGAAAAAUGAAGUUGUCUGAGACUCAUGCUCAGCUGUCCUUCCAGCAGACCAUCAAUGCAGUAACUGCAGCAGUGGAAGCUGAUAUCUACACAACAAAAGGCCCUGAAGCUGCUUUACUUAAGGCAUUUGAAAAGGAAAUGCAGCGCCUAGAGAACUUAGCUCAACUUAUCCCUAAAGUUCUUCCUCGUGAGGAUCCUCGAUUAGACCACAUUUUGGUGUAUCUUUCUGCUAAUAAAGCUCCAACUUCUGUGAUACAUCGUGUGCUGCUGGAACAGUUUUCUAACCUGUCAAUACUUGAUAGAGAUGUUAGAGCCAAGAAAAUCAGGCAAGAAGCUAUUAAACAUGAAGAAGAUAUACAAAAAAAAUUAGGGGAAAGUGGGAACAAAGAAUAUGUGGCUUGGCAUGAACGUUAUCAUAGAUUCCGGUGUGCUGUCCACCAUUUCAACAAAGGUGUAAAGCUAUAUCACCAAAAUUGCUAUAAACCUGCCAUGAAUUCUCUGCGAAAUGCUUACAUUCUGAAUACAGAUCUGAUGAAAUCUCCAUUGUAUGAAGCAAGUGGUUUAAAUGAAGAAUUAUUAAGACUUUACCGAAGAAAAUGUUUAUUGAAUUUAAAUAUUUUGACUGCCAAAGAAUUUGAGAAUGAAAAUGAUGUCACUGAAACCCUAAAGUUAAUGCAUAAUGAUAUCCUUUCAAGUAUUGCUGAUUUGUCUCAAAGCAAGAAUCCUGCUGACACAAAGGCUGUAGAAUCCAUGCGAAACCAGUGGUGUACAGUGUUGGGACAAGAUUUUGAUAGUAAGUUUUCUUUUUUUCUGUAUUUGUUUGUAAAAUUAUUUCCACCUUUUAUAUGA